GCCCGCCCUCCGCUGCUCUUCGUUUCCCUCCUUACUUCUCCGUUCUUGAAGGCAGUCCUCUCCACGCUGUUUGGCUUCUCCCUUUCUUCACUCUGCUGGCCCCAUGGCCUUGACUGCUACUGCUCACUCAGCUCUGCCUCGAGAACCCGCCUGGGAUGAAGUGAUUGUCCCUGCACUCCGCAAACGUCUAAAGGAUGAGAGCAACGCCCUCGCCAAGCGCAUUUCCGCCGCGUCGAUCACAUCCCUCGAAGAGCAGGCGGGCCAGUACUAUGCCGCACAACGACCUGGCACGUCUACCUCCUCGCACUCGUAUUCGUACUCAAACGGCAGCAAGCCGAGUGCAAUCCCCCGCCCCAGUCUGCAGUCUUCACGGACUGCGGAUUCGUCCUCCGGAACGCACGCAGCUGCCCGUCCGGCCCAGUAUUCGCGUGCGCGUACCCUUUCGCAACCAUUCCCUGUCGAGCCCCCUCACUCCACAGAGCAUUCGUCCCCCCCUUCGGAGACUCGCCCGAUCUCGCCCCUCAACGCUCCCAAGGGCACGCGCAUUCCUGUAUCGCGGACACGAACCGGAAGCACCUCGAGCCAGGCCCAUUCCGUAUACAACGGUUCAAGCUCUACAGGACGCGCGAACGGCUACUCGAAGCAUAGUGGAGAAGCAUCGGAGUCACACCUAUGGCCAGUUGAGGAGCAGAUGCACGGGCAGGCCCAGUCCCCAGCACAGUCCCAGACCUCCCGUUCCACCAUUCAGGUUCCCCGUCGGAAGAUAUCCGACAUCUUUCAAGAACAAGCGCCCUUCACCUCCCAGUCCCUUUCUUCUUCGCACAGCCAGCUCGACUACGCCCCGGAACGGGUUUCGUCAGAUUCGGAGGAGCACCCGUUCGAACAUUGGUAUCGCGGCGACGUCGCGCGCAACGGCGGUGUGGGUGAGCUGCGCGUCGCUCGGCGCCAGGAGAUGCUCGAUAUAGCGAACUACGGGCAUUCGCUACGGAACCCAUCCGGCAAAUCGCACAGCGGGUUAUCCUCGCGCUCUCGGUCAAACUCGCGAGGAAGGGAUAUGCCCAAUGGACGGAUACGGAUGAGACAGCGGUCGGGCAGCGUGGGGGCGCGAGAGAGUAUCUACAUUGACGACGAGGGGGUAGCGGAGGGGGACACGGUAAUGGAUGAGAGGCCUUUGACGGACCUCGACGACGACGGGUACGAAGACCAUUUGGAUGACUAUUAUGCCCAGGCUGUUCAGCCCCACCCGAACGGCUCGAUAUCCUCACCUUCCCUUGAUAUCCGUAGCGAUACCCCCACCAGUCGGCACACGCAAAACACGUCGCGGAGUCGAAUACCUCAGCCCACGUCGCGCUCCCGAACUACGACCCCAACACCUGCCAAGCCAACCCGUAGCACGUCCGAGUCUGGGUUGGCUAGCCCCUCAUCACCCGCGCCUUCCCCUUCAGUGCCGCGUUCGGCUACUCAACCGCUGAAGACUCAAGGCUUGUCGCCUGCAGCAUCAAGUCCUUCGACACCCUCGACGCCCACCGCUAAGCGGCGAGCGAAGAGUCCGGCAAAUGCGACCCCGCAGUCCUCGGCGAAGAAGCAGAAAGCAAAGGCACCUCCUUCGUCCAUGCAGAAACGCUCAGUCGCAAGGAACGAGGAGAACCGCCGGUCCAUCGGGCAGUAUCCGUUGCCCGACGGAGGCGAGGACGCGAUCCCUACAUGGACGCAGCCUCGACCGGCCAACGGUAAUUGGGAUGACGUCGUGCUUCCUGCCGUCGCGAAAAAGAAAGGCCUGCAAGACCAGUACGAGACGGCAGACGGUACGCCCAAGCCCAAGGAGCCCGAACCUGUGGUCAUCGAGCCGGCACCCGGGACAUUCGGCUACGACCCCACGAAAUAUCGCAGGCGAUGGAGCAACCGCCCGGAACAAAUCCCCAUGGACGAAUUUGGCCAGCCCAAGACUCAGCUCCCUCCUACGGAAGACGUCUCUGUACCUGAACCAGAGGAGCACCUCAUGCCCACGACGCCCACCGUACCCACUACUCCCCGCUCAUUCGACCGGUCACGUAUUGAGUCUCCACCGCCCUUCGCGCACUAUCAGACAGGUGGGCAGGAGCUGCUACCACCUCUACACAUGCAGAUGGAAGCAUCGCAUCAAAUGUCGCCGCUGGGUGGCAAGGAGCAGCCACAGCAACAGCCACUGACGGCGGACGAGGAGGACAGCGGGGGAUGCUGCAAAUGCGUCAUUAUGUGACAUAUCUUGGUUAUGCCGCGUGUUGCCUCUCCGCUCGUUCGCUUAUUAGUCCCUGUGGUCUUCUCACGUGCGUCCUUAUGAUAACCUGUCGACUUGUUGUCGGGGUUGAACGCUGUGACUCUCAUUGAUCUCUUGUCUCUCACUCGGGCUGUGCGGACGUGUGUCUGUGUCCUUACAUUUCCGUCCCCAUCCCUCAUCCUCGUGUUCCGUGCUUUGCAUUGCAUUCCGCGCGUUCAUCCUCUGACGUCCACCCCAGCCACUUCGCCAUUACCAUGUACGUAUUAUGCUUGCCGCUUUUCACCCGCAUUUUUGUCACUAUCAGGAUGUCCCUUCCCUCUUUCUCAACCGUCAUCCCCCAACAUUUACAUCACCGCCC